AUGGUUUUCUCACUGGAUGAAGAACUUAGCAACAUGACAAUUCAUAAUGAUGAUGUUUGCUGUAAUAAUGGGAUCCCAAUAAUGAAACCUGAUAACAACGAUGAAAAUUUACCAGCAUUCGAAUUAAAUGAUAAUUUAAUGACUAUGAGUGAACAUUUGAAUGCACAAAUUCCACCUGAUGAGAAAAGAACUAGAAGACGUUCGUCUGUCUUGGCUAAAUUUCCUGUUUUGUCACCAGUCCAUACUAGACGUGUCUCUAUUUCUAAUAAUUCAUCUAAUGUCGUAAGUCAUCUAACAGGUUCCUUUAGAAAUGCAACUUCGGAUAUUACUGUUCAAAAUGAAAACUCCAAAAGAGAUAGUAUUGUCGAUGAUGCUACUGAUAUGAGACCAACAUCUAUUAGAACAAUUCAAGAUUUCAAACCCAUUAGAGUCUUAGGGAAAGGUGCAUAUGGGAAAGUUAUCUUGGUAAAAGAUAAAUAUUCCACCAAGUUAUAUGCAAUGAAACAGUUAAAAAAAGCAGAAAUUUUGAUUAAUGAUAAUGAUAAAAGGGACAGCGACAAGGAAAAUAUCGAUAUCGACGAUAAUGUUGAAGAAACUAGGAAGAGAGAUCUAGACAAAAGAAUUGAGAGAACAUUCGCUGAAAGAACCAUCUUAUCUCAAUUAGAACACCCAAAUAUUGUGAAAUUAUUUUAUUCAUUCCAUGACCAAUCAAAGUUAUAUUUAAUCCUUCAGUACAUUCCAGGUGGUGAACUAUUUUACCAUUUAAAAGAGCAUGGGACGUUAGAAGAGGAUACAGUUGCAUUUUAUGCCGCCGAAGUGAGUUGCGCACUAAAAUUCUUGCAUGAUAAUGGUAUUGUCUAUAGGGAUUUAAAACCUGAAAACUGUCUACUAAACCAGAGAGGGCACUUAGUUCUAACUGACUUUGGUUUAAGUAAGAAAGGUACUACAGAUCCUACUCAUGAUUCUACAUCUUCUGAUUCCGAUCUAGAUAAAGAUGAUAUAUACACUUUGCAUUCCAUUAUUGGAACGCCAGAAUAUGCAGCACCAGAGAUUCUUCAAGGUUUAGCAUAUAAUAAAAACUGUGAUUGGUAUUCACUAGGCUGUCUACUUUAUGAUAUGUUGGUUGGUAAACCUCCAUACACAGGUAACAACCAUAAAAUAAUUCUAAAUAAAAUCCAAAAGGAUAAACAAGGUCCACGAAUUCCAUAUUAUCUGAGUGACGGUAUGAAGGACAUAUUGAAUUGGUUGUUAAAAAAGGAUAAAACAAAGAGAUGGGAUGUGGACAAGUAUUGGAAGGAAGAACCAGUAGGUAAUCAGAAGAAUAAUAAUAAUAACAAAAAAAAGAAAGCCAGUAAGCAACGUGUAACUAAAUUCCAGUCGCAUUUUAUAUUUCGGAAGAUUAAUUGGAAGCAAAUGGAAAGUGGUGACCUUCAAAAGACUACUUUAGGACCUAUUGUACCAAUUAUUACUGAUUGGGAAUUGGCUGAGAAUUUUGAUACUGAGUUUACUUCUAUGUCAUUUGAAGAAAAUUAUAUGGACGACGGUAUACCAAUUACCGGGAAUAAGACCGACUCUUUGGCCACACCUGAUAUGUUUAAAGGAUUUAGUUUUAAAGCUAGUGGAAGUUAUCUAGAGAGACAUUUCUAA